AUGGUUUACGUCGGCAUUCCCCAGAAUUACACCCAGUCUCCGUCCUCGUUUGCUGGGACACCUGCUUUGACCAUCAAUUAUGAGGCCACCCAGGAUCUCGACUCUUCCAAUGCCUUUGAAGGCCCCGAGAAGCUUCUAGAGGUGUGGUUCGCCCCAUCUGCCAAUGCGCUCGGCACUGCAGGCCCAGAAGGCCUGAAGAAAGUGCCUGGCGAGAUCUGGAAGGAUAUGCUGGACCUGGUCAAUUGUCAGGUGCUUUCCGUGGUGUCAUCCGAUGAUGUGGAUGCCUACCUGCUUUCCGAGUCCAGCAUGUUUGUCUGGCCACACAAGUUGAUUCUCAAGACCUGUGGAACCACUACCCUGCUGUCCGGUCUCCCUCGCAUCCUCGAGAUUGCUGCCUUAUUUGCGGGAUUCCCGCGUGCAACCGCACCACCUUCUCGGGGCAUCACAGUCGCUGCGUCUCCCUAUCGUGUCUUCUACAGCCGUAAAAACUACCUGUUCCCCGAUCGUCAGCGUGGCCCUCACCGCAGCUGGCGUGAUGAGGUCCGUAACAUGGACAAAUUGUUCCUCAACGGAAGUGCCUACAUGAUUGGCAAGAUGAACGGCGAGCACUGGUACCUGUACCUGACUGAGCCUCACACCAUGCUCACGCCUCCGGCUAGUCCUACGGAGGAGAGCUUCAAAGAGACCGAGACCAAGAUUCUCAGCUACCCUAAGGAGGUUCCGAUCGCCAAAUGCGAGGAAGACGAUGAAACUCUGGAGAUCUUGAUGACUGAUCUGCAGGAGGAGAAUGCAAAGCAGUUCUAUCUGGACAACGCCGCCGCCGUGGCCGCCAAGAACUAUCGCAACUAUGACAAGGACGAGGGCAUUGAGCACGUUGAUGUCUUCAGCAAUGGCUCCGAUCUCGAUGACCCUGAGGUGCAGGGUGACCGGGUUCUGCCAUCUGAGCUGACCACCGAGGGUCACGCUCUUGGUGCCGUUGUCUCUGAGUCCUGUGGUCUCUCGGACAUCUAUCCUAAGAGCAAGUUCCCAGAUGCUCGCAUUGACGCGUACCUCUUCACCCCCUGUGGUUUUUCGGCCAAUGGUGUCGUACCUGCCCCAGAUAGCAAGGCUCCGACUCACUAUUUCACUGUGCAUGUGACACCCGAGCCUCACUGCUCGUAUGCAUCCUUUGAGGCCAAUGUCCCGCACUCGCAGAAUGGCAAGACCACCUCGGACAUUAUCCAACAGGUUGUGAACAUCUUCAAGCCGGGUCGUUUCAGCAUCACCUUGUUCGAGACUAAGCCUAGUGUUGAUGACAUCGAGGCCGAUUCCAGUGGCUUCCAUGAGGUGCACUCGCAGCAACAGGCUCUGCGCCACAACCCCAAGAAUGAGCACGUGGAGGGUUACCGUCGUGUAGACCGCAUUGUUCACGAUCUGAACGGAUACGACCUUGUGUUCCGCUACUACGAGAGCAACGACUGGAAAGGGGGGGCACCCCGGAUUGGUGAGAAGAUGUAA